AUGGCUCCGAAUCCUGUCUCAUUAUCCGACACCGACGACGAGUCUCCUCGCGCAAGCCUUCUAAGCCCAUGGAGGCCGCCUCGAGCAUCCAUUAGUACUGGAAGAAGUUCUCCAUUCGUCCCGAGUCGAUCGGCUGCAUGGCGAGAUGAACUCAUCAACAAUGCAGAGAAAAUUCAACGUCGCAUGUAUGCGAUGUGGAGCAAGAUGUCUAUUCUACAACGAGUCCUGGCAGUUGUUGGGCUUCUUGUUCUCAGUACUGUGGGCAUCCUGUUUCUGAUUUUCAGCGAAAGCAUCUUCGGCUGGCUCGAACCGUUUGCUGAACGCUGGAAACAUACCACUGGGGGAUGGACCAUAUUAUGGGCACUGAUAUUUCUGGCUGCAUUCCCACCGAUGAUUGGCUAUUCGACCUGCGGGACGACGGCCGGGUUUGUCUAUGGCGUUUGGGAGGGAUGGAUGAUUCUCGCGACCGCCACCGUGGCCGGGUCCUUUUGCUCCUUUAUCGUCUCCAGAACUGUCCUGAGAAAAUGGGUCCACAGGAUGAUUGCCCACGACAAACGUUUUGCGGCGUUCUCGUUGAUCCUGAAACACGACGGGCUGAAGUUGUUAUGCAUGAUCCGGCUGUGCCCUUUGCCUUAUUCACUGUCAAAUGGUGCCAUGUCGACAUUCCCUACAGUCUACCCUGUGAUGUAUGCAUUGGCUACAGCAAUUGUCUCCCCAAAAUUGCUCAUCCAUGUGUUCAUUGGCAGUCGACUGGCUGUGAUUGCGCGGACAAGGGAGAAGAUGACCAUGGGUGAUCGGGCCAUCAACUAUUCCAGUAUUGUCAUUGGGGCAGUGGUGGGAGCGUUGACUGGAUUGUAUAUUUAUCGACAGACGAUGGCUCGCGCAAAAGAGCUCGAGGCGGAGGAAGUCGACGACAUACGAAACUCAAUGCGAAGAACGGGUCAUGUUCCACCCCAGUUCAGCGAUGACCCUGAAGCGCAAGUGGCUGCCAACACAAUAGCACGAGACGAUGAUACGAUGGAUUAUUUCGAUGAGUCUCCGAAUGAGAGGUCCGAGUACCAUGAUGAGACGGAUGAGGAAGACGUAUUUGGGCAGGGUGACGGGGACGACGAAGAAGUGAUUGCCAACAUUAGUCUUCACCAGCAAAAGAAAUAA